CUUUACUUCCCUUCCUUAUUUCUCGUUUUUUUUUCUCCUCCCCCUUUUAUUUCCCCUCUUUUUUCCUCCCCUUUCCCCUCUAUUUUCUCCCCUUUUCUUCUUUUUUUCCUCCCCUUACUCCCCCCUUAUUUCUCCUUUUUUUUCUCCUCCCCCUUUUAUUUCCUCUCUUUUUUCCUCCCCUUUCCCCCUGUAUUUUCUUCCUUUUUCCUAUUUUUUUUCCUCCCCUUACUCCCCUGCCUUAUUUCUUUCCUUUUUUCCCCCUCUCCUUUUUUUUCCCUUCUCUUUUUUCCCCUAUUUUUUCCUCUCCCCUUUCAACCCCCCUUUCCCCUCCCUUUUUCCUCUUUUUUUUUUCCCCUUACUUUCCCUCCCCUUUUACUCCCCCCCCACGCUCACUUUUCUCCCCAUUCUUCCUCUCCCCUUUUUCUCUUCCCCCCUUUUUUUUAAUCCCUCUCUUUCCUCUCCUCUUUUUUCCCCCUUUUUUUCCCUCACCCCCUCCCCCUUUAAAGAAAAAAUAAUUAAUUAAUCGCCUUUAUUUAAUUAUUUUCCCUUAUCUUUACGCUCCGCCCCUUCCUACGUCCCGGCCUCAACCACUGCCUCUCCGCACCCGGGUUGAUCCCCAUCACCGCCCUCCAACCCCGCAGACUUUACACGUCGAUCCCGCAUCCCCGCGCGUUCGCCUUCAACCCUCGGCUGUCGGCACCUCUCUUCCUUUUCCCUUUAUCCCACAACAGCGAUCCAUCCUCUGUUGUUUUUAAUAACCUCGGGGUUUUUUCGUUCCUCACCCUCCCCGCCCGGAGCGUUGCGGGCUCUGCCGUGUAAAACCUAGCGGAGCGUUGCGGGAUGUGGCGGGCGCUGCGGGGCCGCGGGCAAUUCCCACCAACCCCAAGCGAUGCCCAAUGGAGGAGGACACAACUCAAGGAGCCCCGCGGGCAGAGAUGCUUGCACCAUGCAGCCAUCCAGGUGACCAACGAGCCCAUCCUCGAGUUCAAGGCUGGCAGCCCCGAGCGCGCAGCUCUCCAGAAGGCACUUGCUGAGCUGAAGGGCCGGACUGAAGCCAUCCCCUGUGUGGUUGGUGGGGAGGAGGUGUGGACGUCGGCGGUGCGCUACCAACUGUCGCCCUUCAACCAUGCGCAUAAAGUGGCCAAGUUCUGCUAUGCUGACAAGGACCUCAUUAACAAAGCCAUUAAUGCCGCCAUGGCUGCCAGGAAGGAGUGGGACUUGAAACCCAUCCAGGACCGGGCCCAGAUCUUCCUCAAAGCAGCUGACAUGCUGAGUGGCCCACGGCGUGCCGAGGUGCUGGCCAAAACCAUGGUGGGGCAGGGCAAAACCGUCAUCCAGGCGGAAAUCGACGCAGCAGCGGAGCUGAUCGACUUCUUCCGCUUCAAUGCCAAGUUUGCACUGGAGCUGCAGGGCAGCCAGCCGCUCAGCGUGGAGUCCAGCACCAACAGCAUGGUGUACCGUGGGCUGGAGGGUUUUGUGGCGGCUGUCUCUCCCUUCAACUUCACAGCCAUCGGUGGCAACCUGGCAGGAGCUCCGGCUUUGAUGGGAAACGUGGUGCUGUGGAAGCCCAGCGACACGGCCCUGCUUUCCAGCUACGCCGUCUACAAGAUCCUGCUGGAAGCUGGGCUCCCUCCCAACGUCAUCCAGUUCGUGCCAGCAGAUGGACCCGUGUUUGGUGAUGCUGUCACCAGCUCUGAGCACUUCUGCGGGCUCAACUUCACUGGCAGCGUGCCGACUUUCAAGCGCCUCUGGAAGCAAGCAUCCGAAAACCUGGACCGCUACCGCAACUUCCCACGCCUGGCUGGAGAGUGUGGAGGUAAGAACUUCCACCUGGUGCACAGCUCGGCCGACGUGUCCAGCGUGGUGAACGGCACCCUGCGCUCCGCCUUCGAGUACGGCGGCCAGAAAUGCUCGGCGUGCUCCCGCCUCUACGCCCCGCGCUCGCUGUGGCCCCAGAUCAAAGCCAAGCUGCUGGAGGAGACCAAGAAGAUCAAAGUGGGAGACCCUGUCCAGGACUUUGGGACCUUUUUCUCAGCAGUGAUUGAUGACAAGUCUUUUGCACGUAUAAAGAAGUGGCUGGAACACGCCAAGACGUCCCCCAACCUCAGCAUCUUGGCCGGGGGUGGCUGUGAUGACAGCGUUGGGUACUUUGUUGAGCCAUGCAUCGUGGAGAGCCAGGACCCGACAGACCCCAUCAUGAAGGAGGAAAUUUUUGGACCCAUCCUCACGGUUUACGUGUACCCCGAGGAGAGGUACCAGGAGGUGUUGGAGCUGAUCGACACCACAACACCCUACGGCCUCACGGGGGCGGUGUUCGCCCAGGAGAGGAGCAUAAUUGAGGAAGCCCGGAGCCGCCUGCGCAACGCAGCCGGCAACUUCUACAUCAAUGACAAAUCAACGGGCGCCGUUGUGUUCCAGCAACCCUUUGGGGGCUCCCGCAUCUCAGGAACCAACGACAAGCCUGGUGGCCCCCACUACAUCCUACGCUGGACAUCUCCUCAGGCCAUCAAGGAAACCCACGUGCCUCUGUCAGACUGGCGCUAUGCCUACAUGCAGUGAUGCCUUCCCCCAACCCGUGCCCUACUACUGGUGCUCGACGCACACCGUGGCUUCCUGCCACAGCCUUGAAAGCACUUCAAUCAGCAGCUCUUUAGCAAAAGUUUUGUUUUUAGGGGGGUGA